GCUCGGUAAUGGCCUACUCACGCCUUUCCCUACUUCAUUCCCGGCUACUUUAGCAGCACAAUUUAGCUCAUGUACAUUGCAGGAGUGAAAAGGAAGUUCCUGUAAAUUUGGGGUGAUAAAAGAACACCAGUGGAGAUGUCGACCGCUCUUGAGAGUUAUAUAAACCGGACUGUCGCCAUCAUUACAUCAGAUGGACGAAUGAUUGUGGGAACUCUAAAGGGCUUUGACCAGACGAUCAACCUCAUCUUGGAUGAAAGCCAUGAGCGUGUGUUCAGCUCCUCCCAGGGAGUGGAGCAGGUUGUGCUGGGACUGUACAUCGUUAGAGGAGAUAAUGUGGCUGUUAUUGGUGAAAUCGAUGAGGAAACGGACUCUGCACUGGAUCUUGGCAAUAUAAGGGCAGAACCACUUAACUCCGUAGUGCACUAAGUUUCCCCAGUGUGUAAAAGUACAGACUCAAACCACAUCCACAGUAUUUUUCACUGGAUCCCCCUCUCUGCUUCUUCUCCUGCUCCUUAAAGUAUGGAAUAAAUGUAAUAGAAUUUUUUCACAUUGCUUUUUUUUAAAAGAACAAUGCCCGACUUUUUUUUACUUGUGAAAAUGAGAGAAAAUAAAUGGUUUUUGGUGUAAA